UAUUCGCGUUCUAUUUUUGUGUGUGACGGGACUGUCCGGCAAAGAUUCUAUUUUCUAAAUAAUUUUGAUGAUUUUCAUUUAGAUCAUUGAAAUUAAAUCUUGCACCUCUAAAUGGCCGAAAUAGCUAAAAUGCAGAACGGAGACGGUACGCCGACAGCCGUGGAUAACACCAAAAAGCCACUGCCCGAAGAGGUAACCAAGCAAUCGUAUCGCGUCAAAGUAUGGCGUCACCUCGAGACGAACGGGCUGGCAGUGUUCCCGCGCCCCGUAUACAACAGAAUUCCGAACUUCAAAGGGGCUCAGGAGGCGGCCGCUAAACUAGCCGAGCUGGACGUAUUCAAGAAUGCGAACACCGUGAAAGUUAACCCGGAUAAACCGCAGGAGCCUGUUAGGGUGAUAUGCCUCGAACAGCAGAAGACUUUGUACGUUCCGGUGCCACGGCUCCAGACCGGCUUCCUGAACCGCCUGGAGCUGCCCGAAGGUGAAACUGGACCGGCUGCCAUUAGGAAGGCCGUUUCGCGUAACGGAAUGGAGACUUAUGGAAAACCUAUAGGCAUAGAAGACACCGUUUCGUUGGACCUGGUCGUGAUGGGAUCAGUCGCCGUGUCUAAGGAAGGAUAUCGUAUCGGGAAAGGACGAGGGUACGGUGACCUUGAGUUUGGACUGAUGAUGCACAUGAAAGCUAUCAAGCCGGACACUGUCGUAGUGACCACCGUACACGAUUGCCAGGUGUUUGAUACACUGCCGGCUGAGUUGUUUGGACCACACGACGUUCCUAUCGACAUCAUAGUGACGCCCACACAGGUUAUAGAGACGCAGCGUAUGAGCCAAAGACCCACUGGUAUUUUGUGGCACCUGCUCUCCAACCGGCGCCUGCAGCUCAUGCCGAUACUUGGACAGCUCAGAGAUAUCGAAAUGCUAGCCGGUCGCGCUUGCACCCUGAAGGAGGUGGAUACGGACGUAGAGGAACGCACCGUGCAGCGUCCGAGGAGGGUGCGGCGACGUACGCGGGAACGGAAGAGUCACAGCGAGGGGGAGGGCAACACAACGGAAGGCGAAGAUGGCAAGCCCGGGAAGCCCCGUCGUUCGAACCGGAACCGCCGCAACAGCACCAAGUCGGCCGGGAAGGAGCCGCGCGAGGGCGACGCUAAACCUAGACGCCCGAAACGACAACGUCCCGUCAUCGACUUCUCCGUUAAGAUCUCCAAUAUAAGCCCAAACACUAGAGUGCGUGACUUGAAACAAGCUCUCUCCGAGCGCGGCGUCAAACCUCAGAUAAUGGUGUGGAAAGGUUUCCGUGGAUUUUGUUACUUGCACUUCUUCAAACCAGGACCUCAAAAGGGCGAAGGCGAUAGCGGCGUCGGCGCCGUGAGCAUGGAGGGCGUGCUGUCCGCGUUGGCGCAGAUGUCCCUGGGCGGGUCCGGGGACGGCGACGCCGAGGACAAGCCGCGGCUGCUCGCCGUGGAGCCCGCGCCGCCCCGCCAGCCGCACGCCGAGCGCGCCGCACCCACCCCCGCACCUGCACCCGCCGCCGAGGUCCAAUGACUCGAUCGAGCCGGAGACAAAGCAAAUGUUGAAAACCAUUUUAACGAAUUUCAUUAACAAACACGCAUAACGUUGCUCGCUUGGUUGCACGCGGACGGACGGGUCUCCUGUCGCAUUCCGACACUUAUCGAUUAGAAUUUAAGGUUCAUUUUCCUGUGGGGCCGGCCCAUAUACAUAACAUACCAGUAAAACGCUUUAAUUUUUUUAAUGUAGCUGCUACAGAAUACUUUGAAUGCCACAAAAUUGGCAAUAUCGUUUGAUUAUUAACAUCUCGUCUUUUCGCAUUAAAAGUGUACAAUUUCCAAAAAUAUUCGAAAUUGAGUUAAUAUGUGGAAUCAUUUGGUAUCAUCAAUAUU